AUGGAGCUUAGGUACCUCUUCCCACCCCCGCCACGUAUACCCGUUAUAUCGAAAAGCGGGCAAUCAAGGCACGGUGGGCCGCUCCUUGAACUGGAUGAGGUGGCAUGUGGUUUGCUUGGCGGUUACGAGAUUAGUUUCCGUGACUUGGAUAGUAAGUCGGUUCCUAGUAGUAGUCCUGCGGUAGAGCCCGUCGUAUCAGUGCGGUACAUGCGCCAGAAGAGUGACUGGCUGGGAUUGGCGCUAGAGGAUGGAGGUUCUCCGUACUACAAGAGGGGGAGGGGGGAUCGCAGCGCUAUUGAUUCAGAAUCCCUGCUGGGCUGGACUGUUGUUACUCCGCUGCUGAACGUUGCCCUUUCUAUACGUUUAGGAUUUUUCAUUAGCAAUGUCAAAGCGCAGCCAAGAAUGCGAAAUGCCGCUGGGUAUAUUAAGUCUAUUAUACAUGCCGUCGAUUUCAGAUAA